AAUGGCUUAAGUUAUGUCAGUACCGUUGUGUAAUAGCAGCGUCGGAGAAUCCACUAACUAAUAUUAUCACGCGCGUGUCGUAAGAGGCGACAGAGGAAAACUGAAACAGGGGAUAGACAGCAGUCUUAAUAAUUAUUAUUAUAAAUGUAACUGUAGUAUACACCAUAAAUAAAAAAAUAAAAAUAAAAAGGAUUUAUUAUGCUUAUUAACAAGUUGUACAAUGGCGGCCUUAUCGCUAAAAGCGAUCUCUUCCAGACUACCUUUGGAUGGGUAGAAACUUAAAACUCAAGCAGACGGUGGUGUACCUACCUAAAUAAAUAAAAAACAAUGAGGUACAAAUAUAGACGGCUCCGUGACGCAGUGGCUUAGCAAUGAGCUGCUGCGCUGGGAGCCGCGGGUUGGAAUCCCGCACGGAAUAAGUAUUUGUAUGGCCUGCAAAUAAUUCUUCCGGGUUUGGAUGUUUGUCCUUGUGCAAUUCGUGUUUGUAAAUUGCGUCCACGAUACAGGAGAAAAUCCUAGUGUGGGGGUAAAGUUUUUUAAAAUAUAAAAAAAAUCACACAUACACACACACACACACACACACACACCUUACAUACAAUAUCAUAUUUUAUAAUAUUUUAAUAUACCCGUACACGAUGCACUUACAUUAUAAAUAAUAAUACAUGUUCGUGAUAAUAAAUUAAAAUAAUAAAUAUUUUUUCUCAAUUUCUUGCUUGAGUCUCAUUAGUUGUUGGUAGUAGAGAUCCGAGUUUGACGGUUUUGUCCGGCGGUGAAAGCUUAAAUAAAUAAAAACCGGUCAAGUGCGAGUCGGACUCGCGCACCGAGGGUCCCGAACAAAUCCGUAGUUAUAAAAGUUUAAAAUUAUUAAAAAUAUUUUUAUUAUAUGAUGUAACUAAAAAUUUAUGCUUUUUGCACUUUUUCCUUUAUAUGUGCUAUAAUACGUUGCUUCGUACCAAAUUUUAAGAUUCUGAGUUCACGGUAAGUACCCUGUAGGUUUUGAUUCCCUUGCGAAUUUUUUUUCGUGGCUUGAGUCGUAUUUUUCACUUUUUUGUAAUAAAACUUCCAAAUGUAUCGUAUUUCUUCGUUAUAGAGGCUACACACGAUCACUUUUAACUGUCAGUUUUGACAAACCAAUUUUAACUGACAGUGAAAACUGAGUGUGUGUGCGAUGAAAACUGUCAGUUUUUUUUAUUAUCAGUUAAAACUGAUGACAUAUUGUUGAUACAUAUUUUUUAACUGAAAUGACGGAACUGUGCUGGCGGUGUUUCUUCAGUCGUGUUGCGAUCACGAAAAAGAAACUGGUCUGUACAUGUUUGUCCUCUUCGCAUACGCAGAAAAAUGACGCAAACACUGUGGUUGGCCAAGUUUAUAGAAUCAUAUAGAAAUGAACCUUGCUUAUGGCAGAAUAAAAGUAAGGAGUACCAUGACCGAGAAAGGAAAUCAGCAGCUUACAAGGUAUUAUUAGAAAAAAUUAAAGAAAUUGACUCUACGGCAACUAUAGAUACAGUGAAAAGCGAAAUUAACACACUGCGUUGCACGUUCAAAAGAGAAGUUUUGAAAGUCAAAUCGUCACAAAGAUCAGGAUCUGGUAAGGAUGAUAUUUAUAAACCAAAGUUAUGGUAUUACGAUUUGCUACAAUUUCUCACCGACAAAGAAGUACCACGAUCCUCAAGAUCAAAUAUUUCCACGGAUGACGAAGAAACGAAUGACAAUGAAGACCUAGACUCUAGACCAGGUUCAUUUCUGGCUUCAAACCAAUCUGAAUCUGACACAGGAAAUUCAGCAUCAUCGUCGGCACCACCUCACCAUCCAAGACCGACAAAAAGGAAUCUCAAUCAAACUUUAACCAAUGACGUUUUAUUAACUGUACAGGAUCAUUUUAAACGUCCCGUACAGCGAGAUGAUCGUUUCGAUAUUUUUGGGAAAAACGUGGCAAUGAAGUUGCGUGAUCUUCCUAAAGAACAGCGCAUUUUAGCCGAAGGUAUUAUAAACAAAGCUCUAUUCUUAGCUGAACUGGAUAAAUUGACCACAAAAUAUCGGAUCGAGCACCAAUACAAAUAGAUUCAAACACUGCAGAAUCACAGAGCAUACUUCAGCCAUACCUUUUAGAUAACAAUACAGGAGCAGUACAAAUUUCAAUCCCUGAAAUGUCUAUACCUUUACAAGAAGUAAACACUGCGGCUUCAUUAUCUCAGUACAUGCAAAAUGAAUCGUAGGCCUCUAAACCGUAAUUUUUUAGUCAUCUCUUGAUAAUUUUCUUAAUAACAAAUAAUAAAAGCAAUUGUUAAAUGUUCUAAGUUUUCUUACCUUUAAAAAAUCUGGGCAAAGUACUUUGAAUAAAGCCUGUGUCUAAAAAAUGUGUCUGGUAUUAUGCUGCUGAGGGCUUGAGGUGAAAUAAUUGUGAAAAACUUUAAAUCUUCAUAUCUCCGUCCUGUUGCUAGAAAUCGUAACGUUGCUGUUAAUCUCUCAUGUGGCGAAAUAGCAUUUCUCAUUACUGUAUCCUUUCGUCUAAUCAGUGGAGACACUAGAGAGAGUAGAUUGAGGUAUAUUUCUUCACUCAUUCUGAGAUAGUUGUGCCAAUCCUUCGAAACAAAUUUUAAUUCGGUUAAUAAAUUAACAUGGGAAUAAAUUUUCCUUUUUUAAAACCACUCUUUACACCACUCUUUGCGUAUAUAUUUGUAUUUUUAUUUAUUAAAAUUAAUAAUAAACCAAGCACGGCUAAAGCAUCGUCGUCGGCUGAUGACAUCUUGAGAUGGUAAUGUUGUUUGUAGUCAAAGAGAACAGUUAAAAGUGAACGUGUGUGGGUACAAAGGACGUCAGUUUUCACUGUCAGUUACAAUUGUUUGUCAAAACUGACAGUUAAAAGUGUUCUUGUGUAGCCCCUAUUACACUCACUCAUUUUGGCGGAGAAAAGAGCAAUAGGAAAAUGGCGGGAAAGUGUUUUUUUUUUAUUUUUGUUUUUUUAAUGUCCUAUGUGCAUUGAUAUUAAAACCAGCUAGAUACAAACAGUACAACCCAAGAGAUUUUUCUUCAAUUUUAUACAAACAAUAUAUAUAUUAUAUACGAAGAAACUUUUUCCCCGACCUAUUAUUAGACAUAUAUGUAUAAUAUGUAAUAGUGGUAGUUGAGGGGAAUGAAUUACCUACAAUAUGUACAUGUUAAGUAAAGUAACAGCCUAUUUAUUUUUAUUAUAUUUUUUUUUUGGUUGUUAUUAGGAACUUUGACACUGAUGCCCAUUUCUUGAUUUGUUCUCAGCUGUCGGCUCUUACAACACCUAAGAGUAGUGAUAUUCGUUAACGGCACUACACGGUACGAUACGAGUGAUGAAUUUUCAUGUGCCAAACGACUUAGUUCAAGGUUAACAAUUUAAAUUUAUUACAUAAUUUAAUAAACGCAUUUUGUAUUGUU